ACUGCGGAACUGAUCUGAUUUCAAAUCUCAGGCUAACCCACUUAUAUAUAUUGGAUUUGGAGUUGCUGUUGACUGUCAAGUCAUAAAAACUCAAAAAAGAGGAGAUCGAGAUGAUUCUGGUGGCCAUUUUUGCGGAGUUAAUUGAGGAGUACACGGUGCUGCUAGCAAGACUGCUUGAGCAUUUGUUUCAUGAUGCUCCUUUCCCACGGCGGGUCCGUUUUCUCAUCCUCCGUAGUCUUCCUUUUGUCUCCUCCUCCUUCACCACACCCCGCCGCUUAGUGUAACUUUUUUUUUUUUAAAUUCUUGUUUGUUAGUUUCUCUAUUUUCUUUACCACUCUAGAGCAGAAGUCCCCAGUUCUGUAUAUUCUUUUUAGUUUUUGAAUUGCUUUCAGUUUCUGUAAUUACAUCACCUCCCAUUAAUUCAAACCAAUUUUCUUCUUUCUUUCU